GUGUCGUGGUGGCGAGGAGCGGUGGUGUAGCUUCCUUUGGCUCCUCCUGCUUCUCCUUUCUUUUCCCCCUUUAGUCUUUUUUAACGUUUGUCCUCGUGUCCCUCUUCCUCCUCGUUGCCUUUCCAUCGUUAUCGUUAUCAUCACCCUCGCCCUCUCCGCCGGCCUUGUGUUUCUCACUUACAUCUGCAGAUGGGGCUCACCCUCCUCUUCCUUUUUCUGCUGCUUCAACGCUUCUCGAUUUUAAUUUUCUUUCUUCUCGUUCUCAUCUUUUAUCUUGUCCUCCACCACUCCUCUACACACGAACAAGGACACACACACGCCACACUGUCACUGUCGAUCCGGUGUCAUUGCAACGUCUUGUUCAGGAAACCGGAACAAGGAGACAUGAAAGUUGGCAGUGCGUGUGGCUGUGGUGAGCGGCGGCGGCGGCGGCGACGACGACGACGACGACGACGACGACGACGACGACGACGACGACGACGACAACGACGACGACUUGUGGCGUGGCGAGCGGGUUUCUGCAGUAUCCCUCUCCUUCCCGUUUUCUGUUCUUCCCCGUUCUCUUCCUCCGCCUCGUGUACUGCUACUCGCUCUUGUACGGUGACUUUUUUUUUUCCUUCGUUGCAAUAUUUUGUCGUCUGUUUUCUCUUUUCUUCUCGUGCUUUUUAUUCACAUUAUUAUUUCUUAUUCUAUUUUGUUUAUUUUGUGUGUUUGUACGUGUGUAUUUUCCUCUUCCACAUUUUAUUUGGAUUUUCUUAAUUUUUCUCGUAUUUUUCUAUUCUUCCUUGUAUCACACACACACACACACACACACACACACACACACACACACACACGCCGCGUAGUGUAGUUGUUGUUAGCACGCUCGGCUCACAACCAAGAAGGCCUGGGUUGGAAUCCCGGGAGCGACGAGGCAAAUGGGCGAGCCUCUUAAUGUGUAGCCCCUGUUCACCUAGCAGCAAGUAGUCGUGAUGGUCCUCGUCCAGCUCCUCGCCACCUCACCACACGCCACCACCGUCCCUGUUGAUGCUGCCGUCAACUUUAUUGUUACCUGUCGAACUUCAUUGCAGUCCUCGCCGUUGCAUUCCCACAUGCGUCGCUGUCAUGGCACCCUGGCACCCUACAGCCACAACUGCUGCUGCUGUCUUUUAUCCUGUAACAGCCAGGCGUGUGAGCGGUGUUGUGAUCGUCGCCUAGAGGUGUCCAUGUUCCGGGAGUCGCUGCCCUUCCAGUCCCCCUCCGCUGUCUGUCUGAGCAACCUGGGUGAAGAGCGGCGGACGCCGCGUUCCAUGUUAAUGUUUGCUGACCAGCCGUCCUCUCUUAUUUUCUCAGUCCUAGCGAGGUGAAGGAGGGACGCUUGCUUCUGCGACAAACAGAAGCAAUCCGCGAGGACGACAGGAAGGUGCGAACGUUUGAGGUGGAUGAAAAUAAUUAAUUGAUUGCUCAAUAUGUUGCUGACGAGCAGUCUUCAACGUUCGCACCGUGUCGUCCUCGUGGGUUGCCAUCUUCAACGUUUCACCUUCACCACUUUAUCAGAGGCCGCCUCCUUUACUAACUAGUAGGGACUGGAGAGGCAAAGAGGACGGGGCUGAUCAGCAAACGGAUGGAGAAACCAAGAGUAUGCCAUCUCGUGUCUCCAACCCUACGGGGUGGUUGUAAGCACCGAGCAGAAUCAGGGAGCCACGACGUAAGUAUGGGGAUAGCCCGCGAAUGCCCGGCGAUGUCUUUAGUACGAAAACUCUCGGAGGGUGAAGAGGCACGUGGCAUUCAGCGGGUGAGAACUCGCAUGUUGCUGGAAGACAAGUAAGUGUUGCAACUAUGGAGAUCUACCACCAGAGCGGUAGCCGGCCAUUACGAAUUACCCACACCAUUUUGAGAUGAAGAACCGGAUCUGCCAAACAACAACAACGAGAUGGCGCAGAAACGCUUGAA